AUCAUUUCAGGGACCAUGAUUCCCAUCACAGCAGCAGCCUCAGAAAAAUGGGGGACGACAACAUUCCCAUAAAAUUUGGCAUCAUAGGAUGUGCUGAGAUUGCCAGAAAAGUCUCCAGAGCCAUCAAUUUAUCUCCCAACUCAACUCUCCACGCCAUCGCUAGCCGUUCGAUUGAAAAAGCGAAACAAUUUGCCUUAAAAAAUGGCUUAUCGGAGACCGUUAAGAUCUACGGGAGCUAUGAUCAGUUGCUGGACGAUCCACGGAUUGAUGCUGUGUACCUGCCUUUGCCAACUAGCCUUCAUGUGCAAUGGGCAGUCUUGGCUGCUCAGAAGAGGAAGCAUUUGCUGAUGGAGAAACCGACGGCUCUUGAUGUGGAGGAGCUUGAUCAGAUAUUGGAUGCCUGUGAAUCCAACGGUUUGCAGUUCAUGGAUGGGACUAUGUGGCAUCAUCACCCAAGAACUGCUAAAAUGAAGGAAUUGGCAUCUGAUCCUCUGCUUUUUGGACAACUCAAAUGGAUCCACAGCAGUUCAACGUUUACCAGUGCCCCAGAAUUUUUUGAAAACAACGUAAGAGUAAAGCCAGACAUGGACCCGCUCGGUGCUCUUGGUGACACGGGCUGGUACUGCAUUGGAGCCAUCUUGUGGGCAAUGAACUACCAACUACCAACAACUGUAGUUGCUCUGCCUGCAACAGCUCGAAAUUCAGCUGGAGUCAUCUUGUCCUGCAGCGCCUCUCUACACUGGGACACAGAACAAAUUGCCGCGACAUUUCACUGCUCUUUCCUGUCACAUGAAUCCAUGGACUUGGCCUUAUACGGAUCCAAUGGAUCGCUCCAUGUCGAAGACUUCAUCAUCCCUUAUGAAGAGAAUUCAGCUUUUUUUGACUUCACAUCGGGUGCUAAGUUUGUGGAUCUCCAUAUUGGGUGGAAUGUGAAGCCCCAAAGAGUUCAAGUGGCUUCUCAGCUUCCCCAAGAGGCUCUAAUGGUCCAAGAAUUUUCUAGGCUGGUCAAGGGCAUUAGGGAUUCUAAGAGCAGCCCAGAUAGUAAAUGGGCAAAGAUUAGCAGAAGUACUCAGUUGGUAAUGGACGCAGUAAAAAAGUCCAUUGAUCUUGGUUUUGAACCUGUUUGCUUGUAAAUUAUAUGCAACAAAUAGUGUACUAAUAUUCCAAAAUUGAAUAACUGAAUGUUCCCCAUGAGGGGAAGGUUCAUAUUGAAAAUUAUAAUUCCAUUCCAUUCUAGCUCGUGCUUAUAAAAUAGGAUUAAUUACA